CCCUGUUUUUCCUCUGUUUCAUUCUCUCUGCUCACCUUUCAUCCCCUCCGCCCUCUAUUAUUCCUCAAACUUCUCCAAACGUUAUAACACCCUUCAACAGGGGUUGGAGACUUGGAGGUAGAGAAAAUGACGAAACAGAAUGUGGUGGUUUCAGAUUGCACAUCGCGUAUCGGAAUGGUUAGACUGACCGCGUCCAUGUCGUCGCUCUUCUCAACGGCGGUGCCGGAACCACCGGCUGCACUUGUCAGUGCCUGGGUUGAUUCAAUUAGAGCUUCCUCGCCUACCCGGGUCAAAUCUCCGGCUUCUCUGCCUGAAACCGAAGAGCAACGCUCUUGGACUCUCCGCCAUCCAUCGGCGUUACAAAAGUUCGAGCAGAUAGUGUCAGCUUUCAAGGGGAAGCAGGUUGUGAUGUUUCUGGAUUACGACGGCACCCUCUCUCCGAUUGUCGAAGAUCCAGAUCGAGCAUUCAUGUCCAGAGAGAUGAGAGAAGCUUUAAGAGAUGUUGCAAGAUUUUUCCCCACUGCCAUAGUGAGUGGGAGAUGCAGGGAUAAGGUUUAUAAAUUUGUAAGAUUAUCAGAGCUUUACUAUGCGGGUAGUCACGGAAUGGACAUCAAGGGACCAUCCAAACGCCGAAAAUGCAACAAAGUGAGUUUUAGUGAAGAAAAAGAAGAAGAAGAAAAAACUUGGUUUCUUGUUCUUUCGCUGUGUUUUAAAAAAUUUCUGUUAUUAAUUAUUCGGCUGAUUCAGGGAAAUCAAGCAGUCUUCUUCCAAGCUGCUACCGAGUUUCUACCCAUGAUUGAUGAGGUGUAUAAAGCCCUGUUAAAUAAAACAAAUUCCAUUCCAGGAGCUAAGGUGGAAAAUAAUAAGUUUUGCCUAUCCGUACACUUCCGCUGUGUUGAUGAAAGGAGAUGGGCUGCAUUAGCAGGUCAAGUUAAAUUGGUGCUCAGUGCGUAUCCAAACCUAAAACUGACUCAAGGGAGGAAGGUGUUAGAGAUCCGUCCAACAAUCAAAUGGGACAAGGGCAAAGCCCUUGAAUUCUUGUUGGAGUCACUAGGAUAUGCCAAUUCCGAUGACGUUCUGCCGGUCUACAUCGGAGACGAUCGAACAGACGAGGAUGCAUUCAAGGUUUUGCAUGAUAGAGGACAAGGGCUUGGGAUCCUUGUUUCCAGAGUUGCAAAGGAAACAUGUGCAACUUAUUCCUUGGAAGAACCAUCCGAGGUUAAGGAGUUUUUGCUGCGUUUGGUGGAGUGGGGUAGGGGGCGCGAAAGAUUGUCACAGCAGCAAGGCUAGCUAAAUAGCUGGUGUAAACAUGUUCAUCAGCAAUAAUGAUCCCAUAAGUUUUUAGGUGGGUUCAAAUUUCGCUGCAUGUUUGCAUGCGCCCUUUUUAAUUUUUUACAUAGAAUAAUAUUAAGAUCGAAAUAUUGUAUUUUCUUGUUUAGAGAUUGUAGUUUAUCAAAAUAGGAAAAAAAGAAUUCCUUGGAAUGUCGGAAAAUAAUAUUGUUCAAAUUCUCUCUC